AUGCUUCACAAUGUCUUAUUUUAUGCUCUUUGUGCAUAUAUUAAUUUGACAUGCAUUCAGUCAUAUGUCAUUGAAGAAGAUGCUGUAGCUUAUAUGGAUGGAGAUGUCAUGAUAGGAGGCAUCUUUCCAAUUCACAAUGAGGUUUCCAAUUUAUUAAACCGCACUAAUGCUGAUGACUAUAUUUGUACUGGCUUAAACGAAGACAUGGUUGUUAAUGCCUUUGCUAUGAUGUAUUCUAUUGAAGAGAUUAAUAAUUCCACUCUCUUGCCUGGGAUUAAAUUGGGUUAUGCAAUCUAUGACUCGUGCUCUGAUGUCUCCAAAGCCAUUCAGUCAACAAUAAAACUAUUUCCAGAAUUGAACUCACUGUACAACUCUCCAAAAUGCAGCUCCGAAAUAAUGCCUACUGUGAAAGCAGUCGUAGGAGAAAUUCAUUCAGAAAUUUCUAUUGCAAUUUCUCGCAUUCUCAGUCUUCACUCUAUACCUCAGGUAAGUCCUGCAUCAUCUGCUCCAGAUCUUAGUGAUACCGUGCAAUUCACUUCAUUUCUGCGCACUGUUCCAAGCGACGUGCACCAAACACAAGGAAUUGUCAAAAUGAUAAAAGAAUUUCAGUGGAAUUGGGUUGCAAUAAUUGCAAGUAAUGACGAUUAUGGACAAUCUUCAGUUAAAUAUUUAAAUGAAUAUUUUGGAGACAAUGGAAUAUGCAUUGCAUUCAUAAAAAUUAUUCCUUCAAAUAUUAGAGAUCCUAAAAUGCAGGAAGCGAUAAGCAGCGUAAUGGAUAAUCUUCAGAAGUACACUGCAAAUGUCAUUAUCAUUUUUGCUCAAGCUUCUUGUGUCAUUAAAAUUUUGAAUGAAUCUAUUACUUAUAACAUAACCAGAACCUGGAUUGCUAGUAAUACCUGGUCUUACUCAAGAGACGUAGCAAACAUUCCAAAUUUUAAAAAUGUUGGAACUAUACUUGGAAUAAACUUUCACGGAGAAGUUCUUCCAUAUUUUAAAUCUUAUCUACGAAGUCUCCAGCCUCACAGAAAUCGUAAGAAAAAUCUAAUUCUUAAAGCAUACAUCAAGGAACAUGCUGAAUGCACCAAGGAUUCCAGAGAAUAUCAGAAAUGCAAUGAUUUGUUGUCUAACUGUUCUACUACUGAAGAUUCUAUGAAACAAAACUUUUCUCAGAGAUGCAGGAUAAACAAUUCAGCAAUAGAUGAAUAUAUUGAAUGGAGCGUGGUAUUCAGCACAAAUUUGGCUGUAAAAUCAAUAGCUUAUGCUUUGAAAAACAUUUUGUGCAAAGAUGAAAAAUGCACAAAAGACACAAUGUUUGCACCACAAGAGCUGGUCCAUGAAAUUAAAAACGUUAAGUUCCCCUUCUUUGGAGAGAUAUUUAAGUUUGAUAAAAAUGGUGACUUUGUGAAUGGCUAUGAAAUUAUAAAUUGGUAUUUCGAUGUCAAUGGUACAUCGUUCAAAAAAAUUGGAUAUUAUGAUUUUAUCAACAAUAAUCUUACACUAAAUCAUAGUCUUAUCAAGUGGAACACAUUAAACAAAACGAUUCCUGAUUCCAAUUGCUCAAAACCCUGCCCUCCAGGAUAUGAGAAAAAAUACACGUUUUUAUGCUGUUGCUAUAAUUGCACUCCUUGCGCAGAAGGUUACUUUUCACCAGAUCCUGAUAUGGAACAAUGUUUUCCAUGUGGUGACAACCAAUGGUCAUCUAAUGGGAGUUCUCGAUGUGAAGACCGGAAAAUAGAGUUUUUUAAUCGGAAAGACUCGCUUGCUAUUACACUGAUGGCUUUUGCUACAUUUGGUUGUAUUCUAAUUUUAACAACUGUCUACUUUUAUAUAAAAAAUACUAAUACUCCAGCAGUCAAGGCAACAGGAGGAAAAUAUAACUAUCUAAUAAUAAUAUCUUUAUUAUGCAGUCUUUCAAGCAUAUAUUUAUUCAUUGGUCAUCCAAGCGAUGUUGUUUGUCAGAUUAGACAACCACUUUAUGGUAUUAGCUUCACCAUCUGUGUUUCAUGCUUAUUGACCAAGUCUUUAAAGUACAAUUUACCGUACAAAUCAAGUGAAAAAGUUAAAUAUAUAUUAAGAAACAACCCACCAAUUAUUAUUGGUGCACUGACUAUCUUCCAGAUUUUAAUCUGCAUAUUAUGGCUUACAACAAAAAGUCCAUUUCAGACAACUAUCUACUCUAUGCCUAAAAUCCUAGUUCUUCAGUGUGACGAGGGGUCCUAUAUUUUCUUUAGUAUCAUGCUGGCAUAUAUUGGACUUAUAUCAUUUGUUUGUUUCAUUUUAGCUUACAAAAGCAAGAAAUUACCAGACCAGUACAAUGCCAGAAGCAUCUCAUUCACUAUGCUUAUCUACAUGUUUGUAUGGAUUAUUUUCAUUCCAAUCUAUAUGCACACCAGUGGCGUGUAUCUUCCAUCUGUGCAAAUUUUAGCCAUCUUAGCUUCAGUGUAUGGAGUGAUAUUCUGUUGCCUAUUACCAGAAUGUCACAAAACUAUUCAAAUGAUUCAGAAGGCUUUCAAGAAUGGGUGCAGUACAAAUAAAGGUGUGGAACAAACGCUUCAAAAAUGCUCAAAGAUUUGGCACCCUGAGACUUCUGGCUUUUUCCAAAACUAA